AUGGUUUGGUCCUGGGGCUGCGGAGCGAAUGGGCAGCUUGGCACAGGCAGGAGGGACAACACCAGCUGCCCACAGGGUGUCCUGGCGCCUGACGCAAGCAGCCUCCAUGGCUGCCAGCCAUGCAAGCAGGUGGCUUGUGGGAUCCGGCACAGCGUGGCUCUGUUGGCAGAUGGCCAAGUGUUGUGUUGGGGUUGGUCGUUGUACGGCCAGUGCGGCCAAGGUUCCACAUCAGACGUCCUAUCUCCAACAAUUGUGGCUGACCUAGGUGGACUGAUGGUCACGCACGUUGGAGCAGGCCAUGGGCACACCAGUGCCUGCACAGAUGCAGGGGCGGUGUAUGUGUGGGGAACGAAUGGCGAAGGCCAACUUGGGGUGGAAGGUCGCUCAGCCUUCCGUGCGACACUCCUUGAGAGUCCUGUGUUGGAUGCCGAGGAUGUUGUGAAGGUGUGCUGCGGCGCCAGGCACACCGUGGCCCUUACGCGGUCGAAGAGGGCCUACGCGUGGGGCUGGGACGAGUAUGGGCAGCUGGGAGCGGGGCGGGACGCUGAGGGUCGCGUUGACGUUCGACGAGUGAGGGACGCCGCGGGCCCAAUCACUGACGUCUCGGCUGGGUGGUGGCACACGGCCAUGCUGGUUGAAUGA